UCGGCGAGCAGUGGAGCUUCUUUGUCACUAAAACAGUCUUGGCGGUGUAUAUAGGUAUACACGCUAUAUACAUAUAUUGUAGGGUACUCUAGCUCGUCGCACAUGCGUUAUGGAGAUUCCAUUUAGAGUGUUCCGUGUUCGGACUGCUUUAGAUCGCGUAGCGCCUACACCUAUUUAUGGUUAGCUCUCACAGUCUUUUGGAAAAAUUCGUGUCUUGCGCCGGGGUCGCAAGUGAUAUUUCAUAUACGUUUUUAAAGCUUUUCGAGCAGCGCUAAGAACAAUAGCAAAAUGUCGAGCGACAAGAAAGCGGCGGCUAAACCAGUACUGAAAAAUGGAAAAACGAACGAAGAGAUCUAUGCUGGUUUUCAAACUCUGAGAAACGAGCAGCGGGUUAUGGCAAACAAAUUGACUGAGAUGGAAGCUGAAUUGAACGAACACAGGAUAGUUAUUGAUACAUUAAAAAAUGUAGACGGAAAAAGAAAGUGUUACAGAAUGAUUGGUGGAAUUCUGUGUGAACGAACUGUAGAAGAGGUUAUGCCGACACUGCUUGUAAAUAAAGAUCAGCUCGCAAAAGUAAUUGAAACACUGAACGAACAACUCACGAAAAAAGGAACAGAAAUCAACGAGUACAAAGAGAAAUACAAUAUUCACAUCAGAGGACAAGAUGAUGUACAAAGGCAAGAAGAAUCGAAAGAAGCUAAACGAAAUGCAGUUGUUAUAAACCCAAUUCAAGUUUAAAUUAUUUAUAUAUUAAUAUAAUCAUUGUCAAUCGUUCAAUGCAUUUUUAUUAUAUUCAUUAAGUUGCUCAGCUACAUCACGACUUAUUUUAAAUAAACUUCUAACUUGUUGAACUAUAUUGUCUUUGUAAAAAUUAUAAACAUCAUGAUGUUUCUCAAAUUGAUUAAUUUAAAAUAUUUUAAUAGUUAUGUGCAAAAAAAUUAAAAUAAUACAAUUUACAAUUUCUUGAUACCAAAUAAAUGCAAUUAUUAUUGGCAAAACAAAACGACUAUCGUUGAGUAAACUAACUAUACUUGUACACGUAUGAAUCAUCAUCAUCAUAGCGUAAAAAACGUAAAGACCGUCAAAAUAAAAUUUUUUAAAUAUGUA